GGUGGGUUAAAUUUUAUUUAAGUUUGGAAAAUUGAGCGACCUUAGCUCACAUAGCCUGAAAAUGAAGCUACGUCACUGUUGUCUGAAUGUAGCAAUCCUGUGUGAACAUACGGGUGAGAGCUGACAUUUGCCAGCCCGUUACUUUGUCGGGUGGAGGCGCGUUACAAAUGUGACUUCUUGGGUCACACGUGUUGCGCACCUUGGUGUCAAGACACUCAGCGUCUAUUAUCGAUGGGCGUUUGAAAGAUCCCUAGCAUGGACAGGCAGCCACAGAGGAUCACCUGGAGUCGUCGAGUGUUUUGAUGACUGCAAGCGUACAAAGUAAAAAAAAAAACAUUUCACAAGACCGGGGCUUUUGUCACUUGUAUUCUGUCCCUCGACACUUAUUCUGUGCUCCCGACCCCUAACCUUUCUAUAGGUCCAAAUAUAUUCAAGCCCCGAUUCUUUCAGACUUGUUUUCCUAUAACCAGUAGCUGGUGGUCCUAUUCAUCUGUUAUUAUGGUGACGCAUUUAACCGCUAUCCGAUUAACGUAUAGCCGUCCCCCGCUCUUCGUAUGCAGGCUUUUCUUCAUGGUCGUACCCGGCUGCUCAAUAGUCGUUUGAUACGAGAAAGAAUGACACUAUGAGCAUCAUUCACAAAUGUUUCGACAGGAGCUGAUGGUCGAUGUAGUUUGCAGACGUCAUCUGUGUGGUUCGCUUGUGUCGGAUCCGAUCAUUCUUGCUCGUCCUCCUGGCUUAUAAAUAACCACCCGCCGUUGGGAGAUACACUUGCCAGAGAAAAACUGUUUGUGAAGUCACACGGAAGGCUUAGCGGAGUUUCUCAACUUUUUUUCCUGGGUAGAAGAGUUGAAAUGUUAAAUGUGAAACCAUGAGUGUUUACCUGCCUAAGCUCGACAGUUACGCAUUCAACGAACCCGAGCUCUUCGUCGAGGAAGGCUCGCGCAAAGUCAGGAAAAAGCCGAAAGUAGCCCCCGUUCAGACUGAACUCACCGAAAGCAAAGUUUCCCAGCUUCCGGAUAUUCGUAUCAACAAUGGUGUCUUGUCUCGUGGUUCUCACGAAGUGGAGGAAGAGUUUCUUGCUGUGUCUCUGGACGAGAGGGCCCUGCAGGAGAACCAGCAGAGAGCGCUUCGGGUGACGUUUGAAAUCCGGCCACCAACUGGCGACCAGCCGGAGCCACGUGCUGAGAACGUGGAGGAGGAGGAGAUGCUUCUGGACGUCUCGUCCUCCAAGAAUAGAAGACCUUCUAGAAGCUUCCUGAAAACAUCGGGAUGGGGUGCUGUCAAAGAACUUGUAGUGUCUGGUCAGAACAAAGGUCAGAAAGGGGUCAGACGGAGGAGUCGCAGGUCGGGAAGCAUUCACCUUCUGCUGCAGCAGCUGCAGACGUCCCCCGCUCGUCGGGCCAGCAUCGGUGGUCCUGAGGUCAACGUUCGAUUUUCCGAUUCGGAGGAGAUAAAGAAAAGAUUUCAGCGAGCAAUCAAGGCGGUGAUGACGAUACGAAAACUAGCCACCCUUAUGAUUAAAAAGUCAGAAGAGCCGAGUGCGAUGCUGAAGUCGUUCAACGACAUUAUUGAACUCGCCGACAAUUUUAACGAGAACCUCAAGAACCAGGGUCUGUCUUUCGAUCCCUCCUACUUCAAGGCACACAAAGAAAUUUCUGUCAGUAGCGAGGUGAAGAAUAUUCUCAGCAUGCCGCCUUCUUUUCGUUCUCAGGAACAGAUACAAACUGCGAUGUACGGAUUGCAAAGUCUGCCGUCCUUUGCUGAGUACCCACUACACAUGCAAGAAAAGCUUGCGAAAGUGGCUUGGUAUGAGGUUGUACCGCCAAAACGAACCAUCAUUCGACAAGGUCAUUAUGCAGAGAACUUUUACUUCAUCUUGUCUGGUCAAGCUGUUGUUACAAUUCUCAUUCGCGACCCCAAAACAGGAGAAUCGCAUGUGCGCACCGCCAACUUCAUGCGGAAAGGAACCAGUUUUGGAGAACUGGCUCUGCUGCACCGCUCGAGGCGCACGGCAACCGUUACCAGCCAUGACACCGUCCAGCUCCUCUCCAUUGGGCGCGACGACUUCUUCGACAUCUUCAUGGCCCGUCACGGGGCUGACGAUGUCCCAGAACACAUCCGCUUUGUCAGUCAACUCGACUUCUUGAAAGGUUGGCCCAUAGACCGGCUGCUGGAGCGCCCAGAGUUUUGUCUCCUACACUUCUUCAAGCGGAACAUGGUUAUCGUCAAGGACAGCAAACAGUCAGAAUGGAUUUACAUCGUCAAAUCAGGCUCCUGUCAGGUUCUAAAGCAAUUGCAAGCAGUCACGGCCCGUCUUGAUACCCGAAGGUAUAUUGUACCCGAAGAUGACAUUUUCAACCUUCCCCACACUGGGACAGCUGCGAGGGGGCCAAAGAUUGACACUGGCAUCCGACGGAGACGACCGAAGCCCAAUGGAUUUCAUCUCCUUCAUCACUACCGAAGCGAGGAGGAAGCUCUGAAUGGAGAGAAUCUUCCCAAGCUUGCUGAGAAUGAAAAGCUCGGGGCAUUAGUCACAAGAGAGUCGCAGCUUUUACGUGGAAAUCGUCUUCUGGAACAGUCUUCUUCUUCUCACGAUCCGCCAGCAGCCAGGAAAUUUUCAAAGAAAAACUACAUGGAAACUCUCACCACAGGAAAAGCUCAUUUUACGGUGCUCGCUCCACGUGCGUCUGUCGGCCCCCCACAGCGAUCACGUGCCAAGAAAGUCAAACGUCAGCAAGGGUUGUCGCUGUCCGCUCCUCCUGGUCAUCCCUCGGUGUUUGUACAAGUAGAGCUCCUCAAACCCCGAGAUGCCUUUGGUCUUCAGCCGAUUCAGUUUCCAGAUGAUCUUGACGCCCCUCAGACCUCUGUGAGUUUGGUCAGUCUGGGGGCAGAGUGCAUCAUGCUGUCUAAAGAUUUCUUCUGGAAACACGCCACAGACUUCGUGAAAAAGAACUUGCAGGAGAUUGUCAGACCAUACCCUGACGAGAGCACAUUCCAGGAAAGCUUGCAGAGGAAGGCUGACUGGGACUUGUACAAGCGAACUCUGAUUGAGGACAUUACCUCCAUUCGAGUUGUUUGACGAGAUCUUUGACGGGUUCCUGUUAUUCAUGACUUCUUACCACCGGCACUUGUUACUGAUGCCUUCUUGCAAGACCUGCCAGUGAGCCUUCAUGCUGUUUUAAGCUUGUUGUACCUCCCAUUUUCUCUGUUGUCUUAUUGCAGCUCUCGUCAUUUGAAGACAUACCAUAUUCCCUUCUUGCGAAGUAGCUCCAAAUUAACUACAGCAGGUGUACUGCCCUUAGUUGUAAAAAUCAAAAUUUUACUUGGUGAUAAAAACGUGUUGACCCAUGCACGUCAAUUGAAAAUACCAAAUAAUAAGCUCCUUGAUGAAUUAUGUGAGCUUCAGGUCUGGAAUCUGAGUGCAAACACUAGGAGGACAGGAACUUAAUCCAGAAAUUUUUGUCAAAAUAAGACCAAAAAAGCCAAGCAAAAAGAACUUUUAAAUAAUUUGUUUGGAGGACUUCAACUUAGGCUCAAGCAUUAUGGUGUGAUGUACCAAUCCAUUAACUGUCACCUGAACACCCUGUAUUUCUCUCAUGUCCACAGUCCACCUCAAACACACGCACGAACGCCCAGAAUGUUAUUCACAUUUUUUUCAUAUGUCAUUACAUGUUUUUUUCAGCUCCAGAUAACACAGCAGACUUAACAAUAUGUUUCUAUGUCAAGGAAAAGCUAGUUAUUAUUAUUUCAAAAGAUUUUGCAUGUUCAUUCUCACAAUGCCUACUAUUUAUUUGACUAAGCAGCCUAUUGAUAGUAUUCUUGAUGGGUCUGCUAUGCACAUACUUUGAUCUCAGGAGCACAAUUUCAGAAAUAAAUGUGUCUACUGCAUGUUUCCAGUUCAUGUGUUUCUCUCUGCUAGAGAUGCAUAAACUUUGAGUGGCCAAAAUGUUUUGGACCAGGUUUCUCUUCAUGAACAAGCCACUCAGUAACCAACCCUUUUAUUUCAGUAAAUAUAUAUUUAUUAUAUAUCAGCAAUUAUAUAUUUUUCUAACUUCAAAACAGUAACCCUUGAACAAAAACAACCUUUUC